AUGAUGAUGAAGCUGCCGUCGGCUGGAGGGCGGAGCCCGCUGUUCGCCCUCGCCGUGAGCUCUGGUGUGGUGCUUGUCUUCAUCUUUGGAUUCAUGGCUUGGCAAAGACCAUCUCGAAUACCCUUCCCGCAUAGCGCUGGUUCGACACAUUCAGUCAUAACUUCUACGGGCGAAAGAGUCGACAUUUCCAUCAACGAGAUCAUUCGGUUACUCUACGACGGUCUGAAGGCUGCGCCGACUGAGCCUUUCAUUCGCGAACCCAAUGGUAGCCACAUUGAGCUUCCUUCGAGGCCGCGCUACAAGAAGAAGAUGGGCAGCGACAUCUUGAUCCUGGACUUGGAGACGAGACCGCUGCAGUCGACUGAAGAUUUCAAGAAGGGCGAAUACGAUUGGCGCAAUAUCAACCACGUCUCUGGUGGCGUCUUCAACCACUACACGUACGCGCUCAUUCACGGCUACGACUACAAGUUCAUCCACGCGCACGAAUUUGAAGACCGCCACGCGACCUGGAUCAAACCCUCUGCGCUUGCGAACCAUAUCAAAGACUACAAGUUCAUCGUCUUUUUGGACGCUGAUGCUGCUUUCCGCUUCCUGCAUGUACCCAUUGAAUGGAUGCUCAACUACUGGGACAUCAAGCCGCAGCAUUCUUUUGUCAUGGCCAAAGACCCAUGGGACCCGAAAGAACCUCAAUACAACUCGGAUCGAUUCAAUCGCACAUACACCAACACUGGCUUCAUGAUUGUUCAGAACAACGAAAAUACUAUGCCCAUGCUGAAAGCGUGGCACGAGUGCCCCGAGGAUACGAGGUACGCCAAUUGCUCCCAGUGGAAGCAGCCCAAGUUCCACGAGCAAUCCGCAUUCGGCGAGUAUAUUCGUUACGAUUACGACAAAUAUAUCAAGGAGCUUGACUGUGGCGAGGCGAAUGGCUUCCCUGGUGUCGAGAUCAGCAACUGCCAGGGCAAGUUUGUGCGACAUUACUGGUUCGAAAAGCACAACGUCAAAACAGAUUUCCGCGAGAACAUCAUGAACGCCAUUACGCUACCAAUUCAGAAAAUCUUCGCAGAAAACAAGGGCGGUGUUAUUAUUGAGCAAAAGCAAAACGCCAUUCAUGCAUGA